AUGGCAUGUCCGCCCUUCCCAGCCAUGCUACUCACCUUCUCCCCCCCUCUCACCACUCCUGCACUAACAUCCCCUUAUCAUCCGUCCGUCCCUGUGUGGGCAGUGGGUUACCUGCAUGCACCAUGGAAGGACAUGGCAUGUCCGCCCUUCCCAACCAUGCUCUCCAUCGUGCAGAGCAUCUCCCUCGCCAUUGGCCGCCGCCACAAGGUGGCUGUUCACUGCCAUGCUGGCCUAGGAAGGACGGGCCUUGUCAUUGCAUGCUACUUGGUUGCAGCCAACUCGCUAUCAGCUGCUGAUGCUGUGGCUGUUGUGAGAGCAAUGAGGCCUGGGUCUCUACAAACCAGGAAGCAGGAAGUCUACGUGGCAGAGUUUCAGGCAUUUGUACGUGGAGAUGUCGCCAGUGGGUCGCAAGAACAAGCCCCAUUGUUGGCCGGGCAGUACUCCCCUGAGAGUGCAGUGAGGAGAGCGAAGGAGAGGAGUGUGGGGGAUGUGGAAGAGCACUCGGGUAUUCGCCUGAGGAACCGUUUCAUCUCUGCACCGCAGCUCAGGCAGAAACUGGCCGACAUUCGUUUCCUUCGUCUCGAAGCCAUCUCCUCCGCUCUGAUUGGCGGAAGGAGCCAGCUGGCAGGGGCGUGGGCGACCAUUGCUGUCAUAUCCGGAUGUUCAUCUGUUAAAGCCACUGCCACUGCCAAACCCUCCGCUGCUGCUAAGCCCACUGCCGCCACCAAACCCUCUGCCACCGUUAAAGCCACUGCUACCGCCACCAAACCCUCCUCCUCCUCGCGUCCGUUCAUGUCUUGGAAGCUCUCCUGUCUCUCUGGUCCUCUGGCGGGAGGCAGAGGAGGAGGGGGUGGAGGAGGGGGGAGAGGAGGGAAAGGAGGAGGAGGCGGGCAAGGAGGAGUGGAAGAGGUGACUCUGCUCUUGUUCGGGGCGGCGUUUGAUGUGUACUGCAAGCAGGAGAUGGGGACGGUGGUGGCAGUCUUGGGAGCCGAAGCCAGCCCGCCAAAAGGGGUGAGUCAAGGGACCUACAGAGGGGGUCAGCAGAGGGGGGCAACAGAGGGAGCGUGCCAGGUUGGGAGGAGUGGAGGAGGAGACUGUGUUAUUGUUUGGGGUGACGUUUUUCCAGCCAAUUUUGAUCCCAUCCGCCCUCCCAUCCCAUACGCCAUCCAAUCCCAUCCGCCCUCCCAUCACAUCCGCCAUCCAAUCCUAUCCGGCCUCCCAUCCCAUCCCAUCUCACACGCUCUCCUCUCAGAACCCUUGCAGAGUACUGCGACCGGCACAUUGCAGCAGCGUAUCACAAGAACCCUUGCAGAGUACUGCGACCAGCACUCUGCAGCAGCGUAUCAGAAGAUGAAGCCAACCCACCUUGAGCUCGACACUAUCUCACCUCAUCCAUCCCAUUCCACGCCCUCCGAUCCCACACCCUCCACUGUCGGAACCCUUGCAGAAACCCUAGCAGAGUACUGCGACCGCCACAUUGCAGCAGCGUAUCAGAAGAUGAAGCCUACCCGCCUCGAGCUUGACGGAGGGAACCUCUCGACUGCGUUCCUUUACCGAAACAACGUUCGGCGGUCCCGGCAGGUGCUACUGGGCAAUGGUACAUGUGGCAGCGGGAGCAGCAGGAGGAGGGGGGCAAGGCCCGUGGCUGCUCUGGACCAAGAUGCUCUGAGGUGCAUUCUCAGGGAGAAGGAUAACCUCACGAGCCGGCCCGUGUCGCAGGGAAAACGAUUUCUGGCCGCGGCAUCGGGGGAUGAGGAGCAGGCUCCGUAUGUUCCUCCGCUCAAGCGAGCAAAAGGCGUGGAAAAUGGGACUGUAAGGGGUGAGACACUGGGGUGCGGGAGCGGGGUGACAGUGAGUAAGGCUACUGGAAGUGGGGUUUCUGGGAAGGGGGGGCUAUUACCAAGAGGGAGUGUGAGAGGAGGGGUCAAGGAAGGGGUGGAUGUUCAAGAUGGGGUUAUUAGAAGUGAAGUGGGGGGAGGGGUGGUCGAGGAUGGAGGAAAUGUUCAUGGUGGGGCUAGGGGGGGGAAAGUAGUCGGUAGAGGUUUGGUGACUCAGGGGAACCAGGGGAAGAGCCCUAAUUGGAUGUUGAGGGAGCAACGCUUUCAACCAACGGAGAAAAUGGUUGAGCUCGAUGUUGACGACAACGAUGAUGAGGACAAUGACAUGGGAGCAGCAAGCGAGGUCAGUGCAUUACACAUUUUUCGUACAGAUGCCUCUUAA